ACGUAACCAAAUCUUACUCCAAAUAAUUAACAACACCCGUCGCUCUGGUUUUCCUUAACGACGAAGGACUUUGCUUUUCCAUGCAGAGGGACAUAACAGUCAAUUCCACCAAACACACCUCGAACCGUCUGUACGGGAAUUCGCUACCAACGGAGAUGAUUUCCGUUACAACCUUAUUACAAAUUUAAAAGCAAUCUUUUUUUUUUUUAAUAUUCGAAACUUAUAAAGGAAAUCACGAAAUAGAACCAGAUAGUCCAGAUUCCCAGAAUUACGAGCCAAGCUCUCCCGUUCUUACAAAGGAGGAAUAAACAUGGGGCUGCUUUCCAACAGAAUUGACAAGAAGAGCCUUAAACCAGGGGAUCAUAUUUAUUCAUGGAGGACUGCUUAUAUUUAUGCCCAUCACGGCAUCUAUGUUGGAAAUGACAGAGUCAUUCAUUUUACAAGACGUGGCCAAGAAGUUGGUACAGGAACUGUUCUGGAUCUCAUCUUGGUAAGCUCAGGGCCAGCUCGAACUCAAGUGCAUUGCCCUACCUGUACUCCACCAGAAGAAGGUAGUGGUGUUGUUUCCUCGUGCUUGAGCUGCUUCCUUGCUGGUGGCAUUUUGUACCGUUUUGAGUAUGCAGUUAGCCCUGCUCUCUUUAUUGCCAAAGCACGAGGUGGAACUUGCACUCUUGCAGUCUCAGAUCCAAAUGAUUUAGUGGUCCAUCGAGCAAAAUACUUGCUUGAAAAUGGAUUUGGUUGCUAUAAUGUUUUCAAGAACAACUGUGAAGAUUUUGCGAUCUACUGCAAAACUGGGCUGCUUGUAUUAGAUCAAGCAACCAUUGGGCAAAGUGGUCAAGCAAUAUCGAUUAUAGGUGGCCCUCUUGCAGCUGUGUUGUCAACUCCGUUACGUCUUGUUACUACAAACAUUUAUGGAAUGGCAGCUACAGCAGUUGGAGUGUACUGUGUAAGUCGAUAUGCUGCUGAUAUUGGCAUGAGGAGGGAUGCUGUGAAGGUUUCAGUGGAGGAUCUAACCAGAAGACUGGCAACAGGCUUGCUUCAGGUGAUUGAACCCCAACUUAGGGCUGCCCCUGGCAGUUAGCAUUUCAUAUUGGUUGCUAGAAGUUUUACUGCAGCUCUAUUUCUUUCCAGUCUGGUCAAAUUAUCUGUCAAGGUCUUUCGGAUGUGUGUUGGAAAAUGCAUUUUUCGCUUGUGUUGUGAGGAUGCGUAUCUGCUAUUAAGACGCUUAUUUGCACAAUAAACUUGGUUUGUUAUGUCCUUGAAAUGAAGCCGACCGUUAGGGUUUAUAUGUAAAACUAACAAGAUUUUUCUCAAUCUAUGGAGCUCAAAUCAGGUGUUUGUGAUUUAUUUGAUAUCUUGAGAUCUUGUAGAUUCAUUUCCUUAAGUUCAAUAUUGAAUCUGUUAUUGCCUUGUCAGAUAAC